GUUUAGUUACUGGUAUUAUUGAAACAUGUUGCCUUCGCCCCGGUGAUGAAAUGUAGUGCAUAAUUCUAAAAGAAUACAAAAACCAUCAUUGGAUUUUUUUUGUUAGCAAUUAAAAUGAAAAGAUAGAAUCCAGUUUCGAUAUACGCAAAGUCGAUGUAGUUUUAACACAUGAGAUUUGACAUUGACAGUAUAAUGACAACUAAAACAAAUUAAGUUUUGUGGCAACUUAACAACUUUGUUAUUACAUUGCGAUAUCAGUUAAAAUUAUGGCUGAAGGAAAUUACAACACUAAUAAUGUUACUGUUCCAACUUUUGUAGCUUUACCAAUUGAUGCUUUCCAGACUAACACGCAAACACCCGAGCAGUUUCAUGUAAUUAAAAAUGCUAUAAUUAAAACCCUGUCUGAUGGUUCCUUGUGUAUCCUGGAAGCAAAUAACUUACAAGAUGGCCUGUCGAAGCCAGUGGAGGUUACACACCUCCCAGCUUCGAACCACAUUAUUCAACCAGACACUGAUAUAGACAGUCCUCAAAUUAUAUGUAAUAGUAGCAACAAUGACCCUAUGGAAGCACAAAAACCUAGUCCAAUUUACAAGUGUCCUAAGUGCAAAGAAAUUUUUGAAAAAAUAGCUUCUUACCGUAAGCAUAUGGUAUGGCAUAGGAAUGUGAAAAAGUACAAGUGUGAUAAAUGUUCUGCUGGUUAUAAUGUAGAAUUGAAUUUGAAAAUUCACAUGGCAAUGCAUGGUGAAGGUACACCUACAUGUCCAAUUUGCAGCAUUUCAUUUCAGAGGCUUGCUAGUUUAAAGUCUCAUUUACUGUUGCAUCAAGUUGAGGAGUUGUAUACUUGUGAGGAAUGUGGUGCAGAAUUCGAGAAAGAGGAAGAAUUAAAUAAGCAUUCACAAAAUCACUUGAGCAACACUGUGCAUGAAAGUGCUAAUCUAGUGUGUUCAUAUUGUAAUGUGCAGUUUGAGGAUAGAAAGAAUUUUAAGGAACAUAUUACCCAUCAUAUUAAGGUUAAGAAGAUGGUCUUAUCAGGGAAAAAAUCACGUAAAACCAAUGGAAAUAAAAACUAUCCUCACAUAUGUAGCGUUUGUUUAAAAAGCUUUUCGAAGGUUUCCCUUCUUGAAAGACAUUUGCGAGUCCAUAGUGGGGAAAGACCUUUUAUCUGUGAACACUGCAACAAGGGUUUUAACCAAAAGGGAACACUGCAAAUCCAUCUUAGUAAACACACAGGCAUUAAACCUUUUCAUUGUACCCUAUGUUCAGCUAAAUUUAAUCAAAAGGGUAAUUUACGCGUACAUGUGGAAAAAACGCACACAGCUCCAAUGCCAGGAGUAAAAAUGUACAAGUGUCCACAUUGCACCUGCAUAUUUAAAAAAAUUGCGUCAUUAAACGUGCACAUAACGAAGUGUCAUGCUAGCAGUGAAGAAAUAGGCGAUAUCGUAAGCGUGAUGAAUCAAUUAAAGGAGUUAGAAAAACAUACUGCACCUACUCCAGAAAUGAAAGAAUCGGAUAAAAUAGUAACAGAGCAGAACAAAAAAGUUUUAAAUGAAAUGAAGAAAGCUGGAAACGCGACGAGUACUAGUUACGUCAGAUUGGCAGAAUCGUUUCUCGACGGCACAGUUAGGAGAUAUUUGGUUAUGCAGAAGAAAGUGAAUGAUGUUAAGUGGUAUAUUUGUAGUUAUUGUAGUAAAGAAUUUAAGAAACCGUCGGAUCUUAUUAGACAUACAAGGGUGCAUACUAGAGAGAAGCCAUUUUCAUGUAAACAGUGUGGAGCGUCGUUUGCACUAAAAUCAACUCUUUUCUAUCACGUUAAAACUCAUGGUAGCUCAACAGACUACGUUUGCAACACGUGUAUGAAAAAAUUUUCAACUCUGCGUUCACUUAACAUGCAUUUAAGGAAACAUAAACCCCAAUAUAAGUGUCUUCAUUGUAACAAAUGGUUCAGUUCUGUACAACGGGCCAAAUUUCAUGAGAAGGAAAGUCACAAUAUUCAAACCAGUGAAGUCACUAGCGAUCAAGUCGAAAUUGAAAUGAAACGGCCGCUUCUUAAUACCACUAAUGAUUUGUUACCAGUAUCGUCUCAAAAAACAGAUUCUUUAAAACAAUACCAAUGCCCCAUUUGUGUUACCAAGUUCAGUAAAAUGUCAAAUUUGAAAAGACAUAUGCUCUUACACACGGAUGAAAGGAAAUAUAAGUGCACUCAUUGUAAGAAGUCAUAUUUUACGGCACAAGCAUUAAAGGAGCACCUGACAUUCCAUUCUGGUGUUAGGAAUUAUGGAUGUAAAAUUUGUGGGAAGAAAUUUAUGACACCAUCAUUGCUUAAGAGGCAUUUAACAACGCAUAGUACAAGUCGGCCAUAUAUUUGUCCAUAUUGUAGUAAGAAUUUCAAGAGCCUGGUGUUGUGUAAAAAACACAUACUAAACAUUCAUAGGAAAGAAGCUAUUUUACAGGCUCAUGACAUUGAUGACACCACCGCUGUAAAAACUGUUAAUGAAUCAGAAAAAACAGAAAUUAUCGAAAUGCUCCCUGGGGCACAAGUCAGCAGCAAUUUAAUAUUGAAUUCAGAUAAUCAAGAAACGAAUUGUCACAAUCUUAAUUUAAAUAGAGCAGAACCAAUCAAGCCGAAUUUGAUUCACCAGGAAUGUGGUCCUACCGUCACACAGACGCAACUAAAUCAGCAACUUUAUGAAACGCCCUCAAAUUCUAUACAAAUAAUUACUAAUUCGGAUACAAUUUUGAAACAAAACUUAAAUGAAGUCGAAACAAUUUACAUUAACUGUGAGGAUUUACAGCUGUCUGAUAAUCUAUAUUCAAACAAUACUGAUACGUUAUUUAAUACUUUGAAUGAUUUGCAAGACAACACUACUUUCAGUAUAGAUUCGGUAGAUAAUAAUUUUGAUACCCAAAACGUAGAAGUCUAUAAUCCAAAUGAAGCGCUAAACACUUGUGAUACACAUAAUAUUAUAAAUGUUGUGGAGUUAAAUAAUAAAGUUUUAAAACUGAGUGGUAUGAACGUUGGUAUUACUAAACCACAAGUGGAUAAACAAAACGCACAGUUAAAUGACACAGUUCUUACGGGAAAUUUACCGUACUACUCACAGUCUGAUUUGAACCUACUUUUGAGUUUAGGCCCAGAGUUUGAAACAAGUAACUGUGACUUACAUGGUGACAGUUUAAAUCUGUCUGAUAUUAAUUUAAAUGAGGUGCCUCUAUUGAAUUGUAAUUCCCAAGAAGACGUAGAAGAAAAAGAUAAAAAUGAGAAAAAGUUGUUCACUUGCACCAAAUGUAAUAAAGCCUUUACUAAUAAAAGAAUGUUCAUGAAGCAUCUUCAAACCCAUAGGGAUCAUAGGAGGGGAAGUGGCAGUUUUCAUCAGUGUAAUUUCUGUCAGAAAAAUUUUAAAAAGUACUCAGAUUUGGUACGUCACAUACGUACGCACACAGGUGAAAAACCGUUUGCUUGUGAUCAGUGUGAGAGAAGAUUUACUCUCAAGUCCACAUUAAUAUCUCACCAACGAACUCACAAUCCAGUUAUUCAUAAGCAGUUUAGUUGUGUUGUUUGCAAUUCGUUUUUCUCGUCGAAAUCUAGCUUAAAAGUACACAUGUCUGUGCACACAGGUGAUAAAACUCACAAGUGUAAUUUUUGUCCUAAUAAAUUCAGAACAGCUGCUCACAGAAAAUCACACGAAAACAAUUUUCAUAUGAAUUCUUCAAAAAAGAGAACAAAAAAUAAAGUAACGAAUUUGCUUGCUUCUGUUGCCCUGGAUGUUCUCAGUAGCCAGGUCUCGAACAAUUCCCAUAAUGAACAAGGAAUCACCAGCGAUUUAGAAAAUGUUUUGGUUGUCCAGGACCAGAUGCAGUUCCCAAAAGAUUCAUUAAACAUUAUAAACGAAACAAAUACGGAUACACUGCCUGACGUCAAUCCGUUGGAACCGUUGAUUUUUCAACAACUGCAGCCAAAUAUGUUGCUUUCAGACAAUUUAAUUCCAUCUUCAUUGAUACAGUUAGAUGAUGGAACAUUGCUGAAUGUUAAAAAGGUUAAUACUCGGCAGGAAGUUCAACAACAAAAUGUUGACAACGUUAUUUUACCUUCUGAAAAACCUAGGAAUUUUCAAUGUGAUAUCUGUCAAAAAAAAUAUGCAUCCAAGGAUGUUUUACGAAAACAUAAAAAAAUUCAUGGUCUCGACAAAAUAUUUCGAUGUACAAAAUGUGAGAAAGGAUUUGAUUCAGAAGUAAAUUUAGAAACCCAUGAGAAAACACAUGAAGGAUAUCGGCCUUUUUCUUGUUUGUACUGUGCAAAUAGUUUUUCGAGGGAACAUAGUUUAACAACACAUAUGAGAAGGAUACACAACAUUUCACUGAAAGACUUUUUGCUGUAAGGAAAUAACAAAGUGGCUUAUACAAUCAUCAAGAAUCGUUUACAAAACAGAUUAUUAAGUAAUGUCAAGCAUGUAAUUAAUAUGUACAGAAUAUUUUAUAUUAUAACAUAAUUCAUA